GUGGAUGUGGAUGAUAGAAGGGAUGUUUGGACGGACGAAUCAGUGAGAAGAUAGAAGGUCACCCAUCGGGAGGCGAGGCGGGGAAGGGGCGAAGAGUGAGAGGGGGGGAAAAGCAAAGUGGUGUAUCAGUGUGUUGUUUCCUUGCACCUUGGUUCUGGAAUCGUGCGUGACAGUGUGGGGAGAAGAUGCGCAUGCCAAACGGAUGCCUUUGCUGCAGCGCCUCUUGGCCUUGGCUGAAGUGCCGCGGAAGGGCACUGGGCGAGUGUCAUGCACUUCUUCCCACACGGCGGAGUGAGGAUUGGAUACGCGCCUCGAGUGGCCACUGCGAUGCGCCUGUCUGGGUGAAUGGCAUGUCACCCGACUGUCUACCCUUGACUUGUCGUGCACCUCGGCAUCGCUGCUGCAGUGCCUCCCAUCCUGAUCAUGGGAACGGUGUGGCUGGCGAUGGAACGCUGCGAGCGGGCCAGUGUGUGAUGGCUGCAACACAGUUCCCAAAUGCCUGCCUGCCUCGGCAAUGCACCUUAUUCUACGCGCCCUCGGCAGGAGCCGGAGUGGGGACCCGAGCACAAUCACCUAACUGAUGCACACACUCGUGAAAAGGAGUGCUGCAUCCGGACUGAGGCCGCCCACCG